UCUUACCUGCGCUCCAGCCUCCGCCUCCUCUUCCCACAAUGCACCGCGCCGCCCCCCCCUCCCCGGAGCAGGGAGCGCAGGGCGAGCGCUUUCCCGGAUCGGCCAUUUUUGCAGGAGUCUGCAGCCGGUCGUGGCUAUAGACUGCUCUCUGCGGCCAGAUCGGAUGAAACUCGUCACUUCUGUCUGCACCCUAGAUGAAGACAAAGAGAUUGAGAGAGACAGAGAGACAACUGAGAGAGGCAGCCAGGAGCCCGGACACUGCCAACCGGCCCCACUUCUGAGGGGUGAGAGAGCAGGAGCGCAGGCCCAGGCUCAUGUGAGGCAGACUAGAUGGCUGCCAAGCUGGAGCCGGCACCAGCUGUAGUUCUUCCCUUCCCAGCACUGAUGCAUCCUCCGGCAUCAAUGGGGGAGCAGGAUCCAUCGGGCCCCAAGGCCAAGGUGGGAGCUGAGACGACAGGGAAAGCCCCUCCUGUUAUCCAGGCUGGAACAGGCCUCCCGACAUGGGAGGCAUCACAAGAGGUCAAGGAGGAACCGCCAGAGGAGCCUGUCCAGCGCUGGCAGGUCACAGUGCACAAGCAUCUCCAAGACGUGGCCUUGGACAUGGAGGGACCUGGGGCAUUGAGAGAACCUCUUGGCUCCCAGGAGAAGGGCGGAUGGAGCGAAACCCCAGGGCCCCAGGAGGAGCUGACUUGUGUCCCCAAAGAGGAGCCCCCAUCCCACCAGGAGCCAGGCGUCUGUCCUGCUGCAGAUUCCCCCGACACAGAGGAAACCUGGGACUCAUCAGCAGAUGAAACUUCCUUGAGCUGCUUCCCCAAACGAGGCCGUCCGAGAGGGGCAGCAGGUGGAUGGACCCUGAGUACAGCUGAAGAGCAGCCUCCUGAGGAAGGGCCUGGAAACCUGCAGCUUCUGAGGCCAUCCCUGGGAAGAUCUGGGGAGAGGGGACUCCCAACAUCUGUCCUGGGCCAAGUUCAUGAGAAGCAGAGCUGGUGCCCACAGCAGAGAGAGAACGUCGCUGUGAGCAAGCCAGAUCCUCAUCUGUCCGGUGUUGUAGAGAACCCACGAGCUACAUUACAGACCAUGGAUGGCCCAGCUCCCUCAUCCUCCAGCAGCCAAACCCGUGGUCACAACUGGGAGUAUGGGGAAGUGAGGGAUCUCAUCGCCAUCUGGGGUGACAAAAAGAUCCAACACCAGCUACAGAAAAGGCACCGCAACAGGGACAUCUUUACGUGCAUUGCCCAGCAGAUGCAGGCCCGUGGCCACAACAGGGACUGGAUGCAAUGUCGUGCAAAGACGAAGGUGAUGAAGAGCAAGUUUAGCAAAGCACACGAUGCCAGCCAGCAUUCCGGGGCCCGAAGGCCCACCAUGCCCUUUUAUGAUGAGCUUUCCCGCAUCCUUGCCAAAGACAGGGCUGUUGAAAUCCCACAUGCUUAUGGUACCACAGCGGGGCAGGAGGAUUUGGAGCCAGGGACCCCUCCAGAUGAGGAGGAGUUGGUGACACGCCCUGUGAUAGCAAGAGAAACAGAUGGCCAAGAAGGAGUUCUCAGGGGCUCUAGUGGAAGAACACAGCUGCUGGUGCCAGCCCCCAAAGAGACAAGCACACUGCUGCUGGUCCCCACUUCGUCUCAGAGUAUGGGAGCAGAGGUCCAGCUGAAGCUGGAAAUCUGCUCUCAGGACAUUUUCUUGCCCUUGAGUAAGACCACGGAGCGUACCACGCAGGAAGGGGAAGCGAGCUCUGAUGACACGGACAUCAAGAUGCAGGACCUGGAUUCCCCAGAGGUGCCCUCCACCUCACAGGAGCCAACACCAAACCUGACUUCAACCCAACAGACCGUGGCCAAGCACACAGCCCCCAGUACAGUGUUCCUUACACAGGGGCCACGGCCUGAGCAACCCACCACCAGCCUUCCUCACCCUUGUCCUGAUGACUCGGGCCCAGAGGAAGGACACCCAUCAGCCCUGGAGGGCACAACUAGCCACAGCUCCACACAGCCAGGAGGACCCGGGGUGCAGGAUGCCGGGUCUGUGCAUGGGAGGCCAGCUCAGGAGGAAGUGGAUGGUACCUCAAGGCCAGCCGGGCUAACAUCUGCUGAACGCAUGAGAGAUGUCAGGAGACGUCGUCAGGGCUGUAAACUAGAAAUGCUACAGUCACUGGUCUCGCUCUGUGACCGCCGUGCACGCACCGCAGAUUCCUGGCGUCAGGAGCUGCGGGCUCAGCAUGAAGAAAGGAAGGGGGAAAUGGACAGGCUGGUCCAGGCGCAGGAGCGGGCCGCAGCGGCGCAGGAGCGGGCCGCAGCGGCGCAGGAGCGGGGGCUCCAGAUAGCCAAACACAGUUUGGAUGAGGCAAACCGUGCCACAGCAGAGCUCAUAGAGUUGCUGCGCCAGGAGAGGGAAUUGAGCCACAUGAUCCUGAACCGAUUGGCAGCUACAUAUGCCCCCCCUGAGGGGUGCCAGCCCUCCAUUCUGGAGGGAGCAGAUAGCCCUCCCAUUCAGGAGUGGUUGGGUUGCCAGGUGCCCAGUCCUUCACAACAUACUGACCCACAACUUAGGGACUCUUCCCUGGGGCAACAGCCAGGGCCGAUGGGGACAAUGACACCAUUCAUGGCUCCACCCUCUUCCCCUGACUCUGGGCGUUUGGCCCGAAGGCGCAGGCCCCCAAAGCGUUUUCAGCCUAGCCCUGAAGAGCCCCAAGAGCACUUCAAAGCCGGGGGGCAGGCCAGUCCACCCGAUGGCCCAGCCACUGGCACUCGAAAAGGGAGACUGGGCCGUGGGGACUUGGGCUGAGGGAGAGCCAGGAGGACAGGGUGUUAUGUCCCCAGUGAGAGGCCCUGUAUUUCAUGACUCAAGGGCCAUGGUUUUCUCUUCCCUCAGUUCUGACCCUCUACUAGAGACCCUCUACCAGAGACCCCCACCCAUCUCCAACUAUCCCCCAUCCCUGUCCUAACCUGUCAUGCCAUGGUCAUUCUCUCCCCACUGCAUCCCACCCCCCACCCCCCUUCAAAGAUUCCCCAGUUAGUGUGAAUCGGGAAGAGGGGGGGCAAGUGUUCUGCAGGUUUUCUUACUAAUUUUGCAAAUACAGCAGUAUAAAACAAGGUUUGUGUCUUCAUCACACUGCAUUCAUAUGAAGCCUGUGGCUCAGGGGCUGGAGAAGCAUGGCCCCUUGCCAAGGUAUUGGCCCAUGGAGCACACUGCCCCUACUCGGCCACCCAGUCCACAAGAGUGCUGAGAUGGCUAGGGCUUUGUGGGUAUGGCCAGCCUGCCAUUGUGUGGUGCCAGGGCCCCCUGACAGUGGUGGAGAGCUCGCCCUCAGCAUGUGCUCAUGCUGACAUACCUGGUCCGCAUGCCAUGCCUCCUCUGCCCAGGAUUCCAGGAAUACCUCCCCUCUGGUCUCACAGGUGUGGAGGACGCGCACAGCAACAAUGAGUCACGGCAGGUUCUCCUUGUCCAUCUUGAGACUUGCACUGAGCCUGCCAAUGCACCUGGAGGCAGCCAAAGGCACACUCAAUUGCUAUAGUAGUAGUUGAAGUACUUCUGGUGGUCCAGCUGCCCCACUCCAUAGGGCUUCAUCAGCCAGGGCAGGAAGGGGUAACCCUGGAUCAUGGAUUUGGGGGUGGGGGGGGUGGGGAGGGGAUGACAAUGACAAUUGGGAAGCAGGGGUGUAGCACUUGCUCUCCAUCAGGAUGGGGAGUGGAGAAUUCAGAAGAUGUGUAUUGUAGGCACUGCCUGCCCAGCCAGCAAAGAUGUGGGUGAAGUGGCCCUGAUGGUCGAUGACGCCCUGUAGGAUAACCAAGAUUUAGCCACCCUGGGAUGGACAGAUGAUUGGGACGUGGGUGCUGUCCACCCACACUUGGGAAGCCAGCAACCACCUCCUGUGGGUUGAUGAGGCAGAUGAAGCGCUUUGUCAGGACAUCUUGGAUGACCAGGAAAACCUGGACAGCCUCUCCAGCCCUGGACCUGGCCACACUGAAGUGGCUGGCAAUGUAGUGGAGACUGCCGGGGGUGGCCAGCUUUAAGACAGCAAUGGCCAUCCACUUCUCUGGACUGUGUUGGCUGUAUGAUGAUAUCCUGGUGUGUAAUGUGAGGUGCUGCCUGGGUAAUGAUGUCCAUGAAGGUGUCCCAGCACAUACAAAAGGUCUGAAGCUACAGUUUAUCAUCCUAGGUGCCAAAGACAAUCCACUUCCACCAGCCAAUGCUAGUGAAGUGGGUCCAGAUCCUAUGCUUGACAGUUUGAAGGCAGUUCUGGAGCGCACUGGUAUUCAUGGCAUCCAGAUAACUUCAUCAGUCAGUAGGUAGCCAGAGGCACAGCUGAGGAUGCUUGGGAGGUGGGGAUGGGGGCAUACACAGAGGCAGGACUGAUGGCUUCAUGCUUGUUGGUAUGAGGGUGCAUGCCACAGCCACCCACUGCUGCAUCAGGUUCAGCUGGGUGGGCAUGAUGUCCUGCAUCCUCCAGUGAGAGGCACACAGGGCAAUCAGCAAGACCUGCCACAGCACCUGGGGCUCCCUGCUUGGGCACGGGAAGCCAGACAUGGUAUGGUGCGGGAUGAUCAGGACACAGCGAGCGGACUAUGAAGAAAUGGGGGCUUGUGCACAUGCUGGCCCUGGCUGUUAUGAUCCAUGCUAGGGAGAAGGUCAUUCCAGGAAAAGAGACUUCCCCUCUGGAGCAUGACCCUGCAGGGAGAUUGGCUCUGUGCCUGCUGGCACCACCGGGUGGGUGCUCACCCCUGGAAAGAGCCCCUCACCACAUGGGGGAAAUCUCCAGGCAGGGGUGGCUGCUGUCUCCAGGCAGGGGUGGCUGCUGUCUCCAGGUGGGGGAGCAACCCACCAGGCACAGGGGGCAAGCAGCCAGGAAAAAUGUGAUCCAUGGUGGAGGGGGUACCCCCACUGAGACUGCUGUCAAAACAGUCAUGCCGGGAGCUUAGGCAGAGGAAGGAUCCAAGCCCUGUUCAGGCCUGCGGGGCUCCCCCUUCUUCAGCUUCCAUUGCGAACAGGUUGAGAGGGGUACUUUCCCCCAACCUCUCCCCUCUGCCCCCUGCACAGGGAGGAGGCAGGGAGGAGAUGCUGCCUCCUGCCUGCGACUGACCAAGGGUCAGAGUCAGGCUGGUGCUCGCGUGGGGAGGCACCAGCUCAGCCCCACAAAGGCACGUGGGAUGCGGGCGGACUCACCUGCACGUUACCCUCACAGGGAAUCUGAACAGAUGUUCCCUAAGGUGCUCUGCUCUUGAGUGUCCUCAGAUAAUAGAGCUCUGAUGAGGGUUUGUAUUUCGCAUGAUCCACCAUUUUAAAAUGCUCUGUAGCUUUCAGUGUGUGUUAUGUCACGUCUCUAUAGCACUUCCAGGGUCCCUAGCACGUAAAAAUUGUAACUUGUUGAAGUUGGUUGGGUUGAAAGACCAUUUGUUCCGGAGGUGAUUCAAAAUUCACUUUUUUUCCUGGGCAACUGUUGGCCAGUGCCAACCUAUUUCUUUUUUUUCCCCGCCUUUUAUUUUUUUGUGUUGAAGAAAUCUCCCCCAUUCUUCUUCUGUCUGUGUCUGUAAAUCCAAAGGACUGUGUCAUACACCCUCCCCUCUUUUUGAAACCUGUCCAUUCAUAUCCAUUCCUGUGCAGAUCAUCCUCCUGGAUGGAAAGGCGUCUACAGCUGUUGUGAAGUCAGCUUUUUCUGUACAUGGCUUAUCUAAAUUACUUGCUUUCAUAUAUAAGGUCUUCUUCGCAUAACGAGUUUCAUCAGCUAUUAAUUCUUUUCAUUUCCAGGAUUCUUCUCCCUGCAAAACUUUGAGAAUAAACUCAUUUCCAUUUC